GAGUUAAUCCGGAGUUAAAAGUGUGGGGGUGGAUAGAGUUGGAGGAGAUCCUAGCAAAGGCGUUACUCUUUUUGGAUAAUUAAUUAACAUAAAAGUUGAUAACUUUCUUUAAGUAAAAACAAAAAAAAAAAUUAAAGGGGUGGGUUGGUGAAGAAGAAGAAGAAGAAGGAACAAGGAAGCAGGAAAGGCGUGGUUACCUGACCUCUUAUGAGUUUUGGUCAAAAGAUUCCUUUUUGUGCAUUAGUCUCUCUCUCUCUCUGUCUCUCCCUUAGAUAGAUCAGAGUUGGAAAUGGGAUCGUUCGGGAUGAUGCUUUCGAGGAGAACAUUGGGAACCGAUGUCCCUGUCAUGACUCAGAUUCGGAAAUUGAUGGCGGAGUUGACAAACCCCAUGUCUCUUGCUCAGGGAGUGGUGCAUUGGCAGCCUCCUGAAAAGGCGUUGGAUAAGGUGAAGGACAUUGUGUGGGAUCCUCUAGUCAGUUCCUAUGGUCCUGACGAAGGUAUUCCCGAGCUUCGGCUCGCUCUCCAGAAUAAGCUUCUUCAUGAAAACAACCUCUCCAAUUCUGCUGUCAUGGUUACAGCUGGUGCCAAUCAGGCGUUUGUGAAUCUUGUUCUUACACUAUGCGAUCCCGGUGAUUCUGUUGUCAUGUUCCAGCCCUACUACUUCAAUGCCUACAUGGCCUUCCAGAUGACUGGUGUCACCAACAUCCUCGUUGGUCCUGGCUCUCCGGAUACUCUCUAUCCCGACGCUGACUGGUUAGAGAGGACGCUCUCUGAGUCUAAACCGACCCCAAAGGUUGUAACAGUUGUGAAUCCUGGUAACCCAAGCGGCACCUAUGUCCCUGAACCCCUGCUCAACAGGAUUUCACAGAUAUGCAAAGAUGCUGGGUGUUGGCUUAUUGUUGAUAACACUUACGAAUACUUCAUGUAUGAUGGUUUGAAACAUUGUUGCGUUGAGGGAGACCACAUAGUUAACGUCUUCUCCUUCUCCAAAACCUAUGGCAUGAUGGGUUGGAGGCUUGGAUAUAUAGCUUACUCAGAGAGACUAGAUGGGUUUGCGGCAGAGCUAUUGAAAAUUCAAGACAACAUCCCAAUCUGUGCAUCCAUAAUAUCUCAGCGCCUGGGUUUAUACGCGUUAGAGGAAGGUGGUGCAGGGUGGGUAACAGAGCGUGUGAAGGGUCUGGUGAAGAACAGGGAGAUUGUUAAAGAGGCCCUUGAGCCGCUGGGUAUGGAGAACGUCAAAGGAGGGGAAGGAGCCAUUUACCUGUGGGCAAAACUGCCGGAGGAACACAGAGAUGAUUUCAAGGUGGUGAGGUGGCUGGCUCACCGUCACGGGGUGGUGGUGAUCCCGGGGAGCGCAAGCGGUGGCCCGGGGUAUGUCAGGGUGUCGUUUGGAGGGUUGAAGGAGGAAGCAAUGAGAGCCGCUGCAGAGAGGCUGAGGAAAGGAUUAGAGGAGCUGGUUCACCUUGGAAUGGUGGAGUGAAGAUGGUUUACUUUGCGUGUUAUUGAAGUUAUUAUAGCUUUUUCUCUUUUUUUUUUUUAAAUAAAGAUUUGUUUUCGAUAUUAGCAGAUUCAAAGUCAGUUUGAUGUAUUGGUAAACUAAAUAAAGCUGUGUUCCAUUUUGAAGGUGUAUGUAUAUUUUCCACUCUC